UUUGACGUUUAUUAGAAAUGUUUUGAAUUUGUCGUGGUUGUGCUAAUGUGACCAGCGAAAAUUUUAAUAUAUCGGCUGAUUUGUGUCACCUUAGGUGGUUUUGCUACUGAAUCUUCAUUAGCCUGUAUUUGCGUAGGCUACCAGUGUGAAAAAACAAGCAGUAGUAACAAUACAUUGCUACUAAUAAAUGGCAUCUUUCACCGAAUCUGGGUUAGUGAAGAAACUGCUGGAAUUAAAUCCUAGCCAGCAGAGUAUUCAGACUCUUUCUCUAUGGCUUAUUCACCAUCGAAAACAUCACUCAAUAAUUGUGAAGACAUGGCUGAAAGAGCUGCAAAAAGCCGCAACAACCAAGAAGCUCACCUUUAUGUAUCUGGCCAAUGAUGUUAUUCAAAACAGCAAAAAGAAAGGUCCUGAAUUUGGCAAAGAGUUCGAGAGUGCCUUAGUAAAGGCAUUCAAAUAUAUCGCACAAUCCGGGCCGGAAGAGAAGACCAUUCACAGUCUCAAUCGUAUUUUGACUAUUUGGGCAGAACGGGGAGUGUAUGAGGAGUCUAGGAUUAAGGAAUAUGCAGGAUUGUUAAACCAACGAGAAAAAAGUCCUGCUGCGACUAAUAUAAAAUCUACCGAAGAUAAGAAACGGAAAGCCGAAUCUACAGAUGAUGCUAGUCGCAAUCUCAAGAAAUCCAAAGCUAGUUCAGGGAAUACGGAGAAGAAGGCCAAAAGUGAAACUAUUGAGGUGAAUGGAAAGGUUGAAACCCAUGUAACGCUAAGUCCACAUCUACCGGAAGGAGAUCCUCCUGAACCGGAAGAACUAAUUAAGGUAAUCCAAGAGUUGGAGAAUUCCGCUUCGAGCGAUGCCGUUGUUCGAGAGCGUAUCGCAAAUUUACCUCCAGAGGUAUCGGAGCUCUCGGCACUUGCCAAGUUAGAAGAUAAAGAAGCUGCCAUGCGUUUGGCAAUGAAGGUCAACGACGCAAUUAAAAUAUUGAAUGAUUAUAAUGCCCGUUUGGCAUCGGAAAUGGAUGAUAGGAAAAAGCUAACGACGAUGUUGAAAGAUUUUCAACGAGAACAGCAGGAGUUGCUGACUCAAGCUGAGCAUCGUCUAAAGGAGUAUCAAAUUAAACUGACCAAAAUUAAAGAAGUCCAGCGAGAGGUGCGUAGCCAUAUGUACAAUCUACCUGAUCUCACAAGUCUCCCGGAUGUGACUGGAGGACUAGCACCGUUGCCUUCUGCAGGAGAUCUUUUCAACAUUCACCAUCACCAUCAUCAUCGUUAAGUCUACUGUAUUAAAGAUCGAAAGAAAUGUCAUUGCUCCAAGCCAAUGUGCUGCCACUACUGGGAAUAUUGAAAUGGCACUUUUUCUAUCAUGUUCAUUCGUAAUCUGGAAAACGCUAUUGUGCAUUAAUGAUUCAUGUUGUACGUUUUGAAUGAAAUCUGUUAGCUGCUCCUGGACAACUAUGCAGAGGCAUUAUUGAAGUUAUUCAUGAAAAGUUCUGCCUGACGGCGUUAGUUGCUAGAUUGACUAGAAUGUAAUUAUAAAAACAAUAUGUAAAAAAUAUAGCUUUUCAUUCUACAUUUGCAUCCGAAGGGAUGUUUUUAUCUACAUUUUAUUUUAAACAUCGUUUCUUAUCGAAGUUGUUUAUUAAACAAUUUUCUGUCAAUCUUUUACAUUUUUUAUAGAAUUACCGACCUCCGCUAAAAUCAAAUCGAACAAAUCCAAAUAAAUGGAUAUCAACUCCGGCGAAAGACAUAAAACAAGUUAAAAUUGAGCUAAAUAAAAUUUAUAAUAUAAGUAGUCCAAUAUCAAAUAUAUUAAAUGAAAUAAUAGAAAUACAUUUUCUCAAUAACGCGUUCGAUAUCCGACAUAAUAAACAUAUAAACUAGAGUUGAAGUUGAAUGUUCAUUGAUUUAGAGCAGAGUGU